AUGACUAAAAUAUGGAAAUUCGAGCUCCUGUUGACGUCGGCAAACAAUUUCUGGUUUGGUGGCGAACACGGCGAAACCGGGUUCAAGUCGCUUCGCGGCGAAUUGGGCGAGUGCAGUGUAAACAUGGCUUUUGUGGUUAAAUUUGCAAAAAAUGUGCGAAAUCACUGGAAAAAAUCAACUUUUGCCGCGGCUGUCAUUUGCUACGGGGCCUCCUAUGCCAAUGAUAAACUCAAGAUCAACAACUUGAUGCGGAAGUACUGUGAGGAGGCAUCAGCUGCUGGUUCGGUACUGGGACAGCAACCUCAGCGUGUCCUUGUCCUCCUUAAUCCUGCAGCCAAUAGGAGAUCCGCUGAGGAUGCAUUCCAGAAGUACUGCGAACCAAUUUUGCAUUUAGCCGGAUUCCUCGUGGAUAUUGUCAAGACGGACUCUGAAGGACAUGCACGGAGGUACAUUGAGGAGCUGCAGCACUUCCCCAGUGCUAUUGUGGUAGCUGGUGGGGAUGGGACACUAUCAGAGGUGGUCACAGGAGUGCUUCGAAGGAGUGAGGGGAAUGACAAAUGCCCCAUUGGGAUGCUUCCAGUGGGUAGAAUGAAUGCCUCAAGUGGUGUGGAAGCUGCAAAGAGGAAUCGUGUUGAGGAAGCCCGACAAUUGGCAGAAGCUGCCAUCUCCAUUGUCCGCGGGAACACAGCUAAGAGGCAUGUAAUGAAGAUUGAGGUCAUUACGGGACAGGAGGAGGAAUACAGGCGUCCAGUGUAUGCUGUUGGAUCCUUCCAGUGGGGUGCCUUUAGGGAUAUACUGUGCCUACGUGAUAGGUACUGGUACACAGGACCACUGAGGGAGUACAUGGCCUUCCUCGUGAAUUCCUUCAGCUCACGUCCAACGUGGGAGUGUGCAGCUGACAUAACGUACACCCCACCGUGUUCUGGAUGUCGCAAUUGUGGCGCGACGGAGAAGAAAGCACCACAAGCCCACAGUGGUAGGUGGUGGUCAACAUUUACCCCAAAAACAAAUGGAAGCACUCCCGGAAGGGAUUUUUCUAACGUAAUCAAUGAAAUGUGCACGAAAGAAUACAAUAUCGAGGGGAAACAUUCAGAAAUCACCGUUGGAACUGCCACAGAACCCGCCCUGGAGAUGAAACUCUCCCCCGCUGAGGCAUCAUCAUUCAGCUUCAUCCUCAAGAGCUGGAAACGCCUGCAGGGACAAUUGGAAGCAGCAGGAAGGGAGGCAAUUGAGGCGAGAACAGUGCAAAUUCUCCCGGAAAUGAUGGAAAAGGAGAAAUACUAUUCCAUUGACAAUGAGGAGUAUGAUGUGAAACCCAUUAGGAUUACCCUUCUGCCCAAUGCAAUCAACAUGUUCUCCCAGAGAAAAGCCCAAAUUGCUUAAACGGAAUUUAAUAAAGUUUUAGUUGAUUUUUC